AGUUUUUUCUUCUUUCUAUUAUUGUUAGUAAUAGCACUCGUCUCUAACAGCUACACCCCACUUCUUAUACUCUUUUUUGUUUUCUGACAGAAUGGAUCGCACAGCCACAGCCGACGCGCGUGCGCGCAGCAGCCUGUCGAAGGCGCAGGAGCACCUGAAGAACAACGACGUGAAGGAUGCCAUCGAGGCCCUCGCCGCCCAUCUUCAGAACAACCAACUCACCGUCGUCGGCUUCCAGUGCCUCGAGCUGCUCGCCGACCUCGCGCUGACACGUGAGAAGCCGGAGGUGCAGAAGUUGAUUGAGGUGCUGCGCCGUUGUCGCACCGGCCUGCGCAGCUCGCAGCACCUGGAAGACAGCGUGCAGCGCAUUGUUGACCUCGUCAUGUCCCGCAUCCGCCAAAUGUGCGUCAACGCGAAGGAGCGCGCCGAGGCGCUGCAGAGCCACCCCUCUGACGGUGACAAGCUGCUGGUGGCGAUGAACGGCAUCUCGCUGGCCGCCCUCGCCGAGGAGCGUCACGUCCGCCCCUGCAACCACGCGCUGGGACGCCUGAUUCGCCACUUCUGCGGCAACAACACCAUUGGCUUUGCCAAGAAGCUGACAUUCAUCUACAACAAGACGGUCCGCCAGUUCCUGUCCAUGUGCAAGGAGUUCAACGCACCGGGCUGCCUGCUGGACGUGUCGACGGCUGUGUCGCGCACGAUUUCUCGCAUGGCGCUCGACCGCCUGACGGAGCGCGACGACGCACGGUCGCGGGCGGCGGUGCAAGAGAUGCGGAAGGAGCGCGCUGACUUCCUCGCCUCCACGGCGGCUGUGACGGAGGUGGUGGAGACGCUGUGCUGCCUGCUGAACGACAUCUGCAGCCUCCGCCAGUACGGCGGCGCCUUCGACGUGCUGUCGUGCCUGAAGCGGUUGUGCGACAACGUGCAGCGCAAGGAGGACCUCACCGACGUCGUCUCCGGCGCCUACGAGACGAUGAGCGACAUCUUCUGGACGUGCUCCCUCUACAACUACCACGCCUACUGCCUUUCCACGGCGGCCUCCAUGAAGCGGCACGAGAAGCGUAGCCCUCUCGCCGCUCGUGCGGUCGUCGCCUCCCUCUGCGUGACGGAGACCGACCUCGAGCUGGACCCCUUCGGCCGCCAUCACGAGAAGAGUCCCCGCAUCGACGAACUCUUUGACUUCCCCGUCACGACGAAGGCCAGCCUGCUGGAGCAGCUCAAGGUGAAGAACGUCUACAGCCUUGCCUCACCGGAGAUUGUGAAGCUGGCAGCCAACCUCGAGGACGCGAACUUCAUGGACUUCACCGGGCUGCACAAGAGCGUGACCGCGCUGACGACCGCCAACGGGGACCUCGCCCGCUACGGCGACGAGCUGCACAAGGUGAUUCUGCGCCACCAACUGGAGUGCCUCGCCGUCAGCUGCAACCACAUCGACGUGCUGACGCUGGCAGCCUACAGCGGUAACCUGACGGCUGCCGAGUACGUGAACAGCAUCGAGCCUCUCAUCCUGGACGACGACACCGUGUCGGUGGGGAUCGACAGCCGCACCAACACCCUCUCCUUCAGUGACUCCUCCAAGGCGAAGAUGCUGAGCUUCUACAACAAAAUUGUGGCCACCGUCGACACCGUCCCCGCCAGCUCGAUGUGCGCCUCGACGGGCCGCUACUCCGACUUCGCGCAGGCCGGCGCGUCGGCGCCGAAGAAGCCGGCUCCCAUCGCCGCUGCCGACCUCGCGGCGGCACGCAAUCGCAGCACAGCCAUCUUCAAGCUUCAGCAGGCCUGCAUCACGAACAAGUCCGAGCGCGCCAAGAAGAAGGUCCAGGACGACUUGAAGAAGAAGGAGAAGAUGGUGAAGGAGCGACGCGAGCAGGAGGUGCAGAAGAAGGACGACACGCAGAAGGCUUACAUCGCAGCGCUCUACCCCGAGUACCGCGAGCGCCAGCGGCAGGAGCGCGGCAAGGAGGUACUGCGCAAGCUCCGCCUCAAGUACCCCGGCUUUAAGGUGGAUGACUCCAUCGUUUACCGCAGCACCGCCGCCUUCGAGGACGAGCUCACACGCCUGCUGGCCGCCUUCAAGCGCCGCGGCGUCGACAACGACCGCAAGGACAUUCUGCAGGCAAACCUAUACGAACGGGCGCUGCGGGCGCUGGAGAUCCCGGCGCGCAAGGCCGUCGACGCCGAAAACGCUGAGCGCAACCGGGCCGAGCGCGCCGCCGUCCGAGAGAACUACCUGGCCGAGCACCGCCGUGAGUACGAUCGCCGCAACAACGAGCGCAUCAUCCUCUCGAAGUUUCUCGAUGACGCCGAACAGUUCGAGGAGACGUGGCGGGAGCGCGCCAACGUCGGCAAGCCGUCGAAGCGCGACGAGCAGCAGCGUCUCCUCGAGGAGGAAAUGCGCCGUCUUGCGGGCGAGUAG